CCUCCGCUUACACAAUUCUGGCCUGGCGUCGUCCGAGCCACCGUGAUGUGGAAGGAUGCACCCGCUGCACCCAAUUAAAUUACCGCGCGCGUCUGCGCAAAGAAGAUAUUCGCGAGCGCGGGGCCCCGACGGAAGCCGGAGCUCGGUUCCCCUCCAAUGUCGUGGGCUGUGCUCGCCCGGGCGCUCCUGGUUGCCGUCCUCCUGCUGGACGCCGGACGCCGCGGGCAUGCCGCCUCCCACGACGGGCAACCUCCAGUCGCCGAGCUCACCUGGCGGCGGCUAGUGGCCGAGGAAACCAGUGUCAAGAACAGCAACUCGGCCACACCGCAGCCAGGAGGCAGCAGCAAGCAGCCCUCCAGCGGCGACGACGAUGGCAUCAUGGCUGCGGCCGAGGUCGGCAAGCCGGGAAAGAUCGUGCUGCUCUCGCCUGGACAGCUGCUCAACGACACCGGCGCUUACCGCGUGUCCGGCGAAGAGCGCGUCCGCAAAGCGGCGGGAUUCGAGAUCGCCUACGACUACUACUUCAAGGCACGUAUAUGCCUCGUUCCAGUGCCGGCAUCUUGUAACGGCGUAUUUUCUCGCAACACGCAGCCCCAGGACCCGAGCGUGCCCAACAACAGCUUCAAGAGCAUGACCAAGAAGUCGAUGCCGCUGAUCCUGGCUACGUCCUUCCUCAUCAUCCUGAUCGUGUGCAUCGCGGUGUGCAUCAGCGGCAUCUGCUGGGAGCGCACGCGAAGGCUGGUCGCAUCGCGCGUGUCGUCGGGCGGCGGCCCAGUGGAACCGUCUGACCUGGCACCACGAAACGCGGCCGCGGGAGACUCGGGAAUGCCUAGCAACGACAAGUACAUGAUUUGA